CGGAAGCACUUUUUAAUAUGCGAUGUGUCAAAUUUUGUAAUUAAAAUAAGACUAUUUAAAAUAAAUGACGUCCCUUUAAUGUUUAGUGUUAAACUAGUAUAACCUGGCGGAAAUUGUAAAUUAACAGGCGCUCAUUAUAAAGUCCGCUCAACUUUCCCAGCAGCCAUGAAGGUGAUAUGUGGCAGCGGCUAUUUAAGCUAGCUUGUACAGCUCAAGGCUGCUGGAAGAUGCUUUUGAAAUCAGGAACACAGCAGAAUUGGUAGGUGGUGACAAGUGACAAAAUCCAGCCUACACACCUGCCAACCGGCGAGCCUGGCCUUUGUUGACCUGCUCCUCAGGUAGUUUGUAAGCAGGUAAGGUUGGAGGGGCGGGGUCAGGGCCUCACACGGGAUAGGAGAGAUGCCUGUGGAGGGCGGAGGCAGCAGCGGCUCGGCUUCGGCCGCACGUCACCCCAAGCAGAAGCGCAAGGCACAUAGUUUGUCCAUCCGGCGCACCAACAGCACAGAGGACCGGCCACUGGGCAUCCUGAGAGGAGACAUGCUGGAGGGACAGGACUCCAAGCUGCCCCUCGCUGUGCGGAACAACCUCCUUGACCUGUUUGGCCAGAUCGAACGGGAGUUUGAGAAUCUGUACAUUGAAAACAUUGAAUUGCGCCGGGAAAUCGACUCUCUCAACGAGCGUCUGACUGGAGACGGACAGGCCAUCGAGGGGGGAGACCCCACCAAGGGAGCCCUCAAAGCCAAAGCCAGCCACAGCACCAGUCAGCUGUCACAGAAGCUGAAGACAACCUACAAAGCCUCCACCAGCAAGAUCGUCUCCAGCUUCAAAGCCACCACCGGUUCCCGCGCCCUGUGCCAGCUGCUCAAGGAGUACGUCGGCCACCGGGACGGCAUCUGGGACCUCAGCGUCACCCGGACUCAGCCCGUGGUGCUCGGCACCGCCUCUGCCGAUCACUCAGCUCUGCUGUGGAGCAUAGAGACGGGGAAAUGUCUGCUGAGGUAUGCAGGCCAUGCAGGAUCAGUCAACUCCAUCAAAUUUCACCCCACCGAGCAGAUGGCACUCACAGCCUCCGGAGACCAGAUGGCUCACAUCUGGCGCUACAUGGUGCAGCUCCCGGCGCCGCCGCCGCCGCCAGAUGUCAGCGCUCCAUGCGACGACGACCAGGAUUCAUCCGACAGAGAAGAGGGCGAGGUGGACGGAGACGGUCCCACUGAAGUCCCCACGGUCCGGGUUGCCACAGCAACCAUGAAGAGCCACCAGGGCGUGGUGAUCGCGGCCGACUGGCUGGUGGGGGGCCGACAGGUGGUGACGGCUUCGUGGGACCGCGCCGCCAACCUGUACGAGGUGGAGACGUCCGAACUGGUUCACACUCUGACCGGUCAUGACCAGGAGCUGACCCACUGCUGCACCCACCCCACCCAGCGCCUGGUGGUCACCUCAUCCAGGGACACCACCUUUAGACUGUGGGACUUCAGGGACCCGUCCAUCCACUCCGUCAACGUCUUCCAGGGACACACAGACACCGUGACGUCCGCCGUCUUCACCGUGGGGGACAACGUCGUCUCGGGAAGCGACGACCGCACCGUGAAGGUGUGGGACCUGAAGAACAUGCGGUCGCCCAUAGCAACCAUCCGCACCGACUCGGCUGUCAACAGGAUAAGCGUCUCGGCCAACCAGAGGAUCAUCGCCCUGCCGCACGACAAUCGACAAGUCCGCCUGUUCGACAUGAGCGGGGUGAGGCUGGCCCGACUUCCACGCAGCAACCGGAUGGGUCACAGGCGAAUGGUGUGCUGCACGGCGUGGAACGAGGAGAACCAGGCCUGCAACUUGUUCACCUGCGGCUUCGACCGGCAGGCCAUCGGCUGGAACAUCAACAUCGCCGCCCUGCUGCAGGAGAAGUGACCCAUCCAGAAUCUGCCCUUUUUAUUUAGCAUGGACUGUGACUUGUGCCAUUUCUGUGUGGAAGUACAUUUUCGGUUUUGUGUGUGUGCAGGCGGCUGCUCGCAUCACCUUGUUUUGUUUUGUUUUGUUUUUUUGCCAAAUAGCUUCUCCUGCAUGCUAGACGACCUCGGUUUCCAGACGUUGCUUCAAAAGCAGUCGGAGAACAAUCUGUAGAGUAUGUAUAUAAGAUGUUGUGGCCUGAUUAAGUGACAGAUUCAGUGUCUUAGCCGCCUUCUGGGAGGUGCAAUUUUGUUAAAUAUGGCAGAGCUUUGAGAUGUCUUUAUCCUACCAGAGCGUUUCCUGUCACAGAACCAAACAUAUCGCGACGUACGUCAAACGGAGAGCUCGGCAGACAGAGAUCCGGACCCCCGCCUCCUCUCUUCAGUCCGUGAUUAGCCUUCGUGUUUCCAGAUCUCACUUUCUGUUACUUGCCUUGUUCUUUGUUUACAUAGGAGAUUUUUUAAUAUAUAGACGGAGGUUUAUUCUGGCAAGACGAAGAGGUUGUUGAAGAGCGAAGCAAUAAUGGGGAAACGACGGCAUUUAACCAGUCCACUGAUACUCCAGCUGUCUGUGAGAGUCAUUAGAAAACCCAACGUGUUGCUGCGCUAGGGGCCCACAUAAGUUUGCGUACGGUCGUCAAGCAGUAGAGCAGGAUGAAGGGUUUUUAAAAACAACAUUUGGGGGCGCUAGCUUGGAUUUACAGAGACUUUUUAAAGUCGUUGACACCACAUGGGCAGAUGAUAGUUUCCCAGCACAAACUCUGCAUUGAAGCAGGUCAGGGACAGAGGUUUGACUUGUUUGUACACCAAUCGGCUCUAUCCAGUUAUCAUCUGGUCUGAACACUCCGUUGUAUCUGAGUUGAGCCAAAUCUUCACCAUCAUGUGGAAGGAAAUCAGUCAGAAUGUUGAAGAACAACCCAAGACCCAACGAGGCCCAGGCGCCGCCGUCCACAGUGAUGGUAGUUUGAUAUCGGUGACCAUCGACGAUGAAGGCAGCCACAGAUAUUCUCAGAUGAGUCACAGGUUGAGUUGAAACGUAUUUGGAGACUUCACAUCAGCUGAACAGUGGCUCGCUCCAAACAUGGACGCAACUGGGUUUUCACCAAGGCAACGAUCCCAAUCUGUGCUUAAAGCUGCAGUAUAUACCUAUUUGUUUUAAAAAAAAGUUUUUUACAUAUUUGUUUAAAUUUUUGCUAUGUUGUGAGAGUAUAACAUGAGCCAGAUAAUCCACCUUCUCCCACUGUUUCUGCAGCCAACACAACAACCAAUCAGAGCCUGGAGGAGAGUCUUAGCACUGUCAGUCAAGCUCAUGUAUGCGCUGCUUAUGUCCUUCCCUAUUGCUAAACUACAGCAAGUUUCCCCCCAACAUAGCCUGUCAUAAAUGCUACAGCUAGUUAGCAUUGCUACUAUGAUGAAAUAUAAAUAGUUUUCCAGGAACAGUAAGGUAUUUCUCCACCAUUAGCACACUGAGCAGCAAAUAGACGAACUUGACAGCGCUGGUUGUUUUUGACUAGGAGCAGUUCAAUUUGCAGAUGGCUAUAAGAGCUUGUUGGGUUUUUUUUUUGCAUUUUUUAAAAAUUUAUUUAUUAAGACUAUCCGUCUCAUAUUAUACUGUUACAAUACUCUUAACAGACUAUCACCAAACCCAACAUAUUUUCUAUAAGUUUACAUUCUGCUGCUUUAACAGCCAGGCUGAUGCUAGGAAACCAAACGAGCUAAAAUAAUCCGUCAUAAUAAAAUAAUCCAACCAGGAUUAUGCCAGAGUAUCAAUUGCUACAAAGACAUGUAGUUCAGGUGCAGAUUUCUUUGUGACCAUUGACCAAAUAUUUUGCUCCUAACAAUACUGCAAAUUCAAACUUCUGCACUCUUGUUUUUAAAAACUCACUGAAGUUGGAUGUUGAAUUAUCAGCAGCUAAAAACCAUCAAAAUAAAAACAUUCACGCCGACAGCAACGUCACGAUGGCCGUAUGUAAACCUCUGACCUGAACUGGACUCGCUCCUCAUUUUGCCACCUCAGAAAUUGUGUUGCUGUUAAGUCAUGAGCCCAAAGUGAACCGAUGUGGUUGCUGUGUGUGUGUGUGUGUGUGUGUGCUUCAGUGGUUUUCAGCUCUGUGCUGUGUUGCACCUAUCUGUCUGUUUUUAACACAAAAAAGAAACAGAAGCAAUACUCAGCUCCUUAAUGUUACUCAUUCACAGAGUGGUGAUGUUGGUUUUAAACCAGGUGACUGUGUCUUUAAAAGACACUGGAGUUUCGUCAGCAGGGUACUGUGCUCCACCCGAUUCCUGAAACAUGCUGUAUGUUACAUGUGCAAUGUCCUGAACUGAAGUCAUGCUGUUUUUUUUUUUAUUAUCUCCUUCAGAUGUUUAACUUAUUCCAGUGCUGUAAAACUCCAUAAAACUGCCUGUACAUGUGACCGGUGUAGAUCCCGUGUGUUCAGAACGCACACGCCACUGCUGUUUCCUCCAACAAUAAGAACCAGGAUCACAUUGUAAAGUAGCAUGAACCUGAAAAAUGUUGGACCUGAAUUAAAAUGCCUUACUACUGCAUCGAGGACGGCGUGUGACUUUCAUCCGUCUGUGGCUCCUCCACAUGUUUAAUAAGUAAUUGUACUUCAGACAGGUUUGCUUUGUCCGUGUCUCUCGUUGGGGUAGCGGUGGGGCCUCGUGCCCGGUGCUAUCGGCCUCCCAUUACUCCGCCGGCGGAACGGUAAGUUCAGAAAACGCAGCGCUUCUGAAUAACCAACCUGGAGGAAAUCAGAUCGUCAGAUUGAUACAUUAAAUUACAGCCAGACUGCGGGAGUAAAAUCUACAUUUCUAAAGUGGAUCAGCUUUUGGCUCACUGUAGUGAAUUUAUAUUCGCUUAACUUCAUUAUGCGAUCAUCUUUGCAUACUUUAUUGUGAUGGCUGUUUCUCCCUGACACUUUCCAAUAAAAAAAAAAGAUGUGA